AUGAGAAAAUUUAGGAAAGGUGGAGAUGGUGGUGUAGUAGUGUUAAUGAUGGCAAAAGUUGUGAAGGGGGAGGAGAUGGUAGUGAUGGAAAAAGAAGGGGAAGAGAGAGAGGUCUUAACAAGGAAUCUGAAUAAGUUGCAUGAGAAGCCAAGUUUCAUAGGCUAUGGAAUGCCAAAAUGGAGUCCUCAAAUCAAUCAUCUAUCAUAUGCUGAUGACACAAUAUUAUUCUGUUCUGGGGAUGGAUAUUCUUUAAAAAAAAUGAUGAGGAGAUUGAGGAAUUAUGAGAAGGCUUCAGGACAGCUGGUCAAUACUGAUAAAAGUUGUUACUAUGUUCAUCACAAGGUCUCAGCCAGAGUUAAUAGCAGGAUUAAAAGACAUACUAAGAUGAGACAUGGAUCCUUUCCUUUCACAUAUUUAGGCCGUCCAGUGUUUUAUGGAAGAAGGAGAUUGAUAUAUUAUGAGGAUUUGAUCAAAAAAGUGAUGAAAAAUAUUUUGUCAUGGCAAAACAGACUGUUAUCUUUUGGAGGCAGAUAUGUGCUGGUCAAUCAUGUGUUGCAAACCAUGCUAGUUUAUUUACUAUCAGUUAUGAAUCCUCCUUCUGGGGUGAUAAAGCAACUGCACAAGAUUUUUGCCAAAUUCUUUUGGAGCAAUACAGUAGGGGUGAAAAGCAAACAUUGGGUGGCAUGGGACAAAUUAUGUCUACCAAAAGAUGAAGGAGGAAUUGGUCUUAGAUCACUAACUGAUAUAUCUAAUGCUUUAUUUGCUAAGUUGUGGUGGAAUUUCAGAUGUGGAAGAAGCUUAUGGGGUAGCUACAGGCUGAAAAAAUACUGCAAGAAAUGA